AUGUCCAAUCAGCCCAUACCUCGGAGAAGUCUUUCUACCAUCUCUGCACCAAAUCCAUCGAAUCCAUCAAGUGGUAGUAGUGGUGGUGGAUUUGGUGCUUUUCUAAAAUCCUUUAUGGGCACUUCGGUCCAUGAAGGUUCUUCCACAACAAGCCUUUUGGAAGGAGAAGAUCUUCGGUCCUUCAAUGUUGCUGCUGAUCAGAAAAGCCCGAGUUCUGCUGGAGCAAGUAUGAGAAAAUCUUCCAUGAUGGGAUCCAAUUCAUCAUCAAGCAAUUUAGUGUCCAGUAAUUUGAUGAGCGGAGGAAGUGGUACUACCAAUUCUUCGGAUGGUCCAGUCCAUAUUCCAUUAGAGAGUUUGGAUGAACAUAUUGAUUAUUUAUUUGAAAAUUUUCCUGAAACGAUGAGAAGAUACUCGGAAGAGCAGUUUAUGAACAUGAUCUCGAGAUUUACUCAAGUACCAAAAGAAAAUCAAUCCGUAACAACCUCCACAACGUCAAAAAAGAAUCAAGAAUCUGUGCCUCUUUCCGAAGAGCAAAAACAAGUGUAUUUCAACAAAUUCAUCAAGUUUAAAUAUGGCAAUUUGGAAAAGUUAAAUAGUGGAGAAUAUUCGAAAAAUGGUUAUAUUUUCAAGAGAAUUGUUUCUCCUUUUUUAAAAAUUCGUAAAAUUUCAAUACGAUGGGGAAUAUAUAUUGAUUUCAUUGGUAUCUACUACUCCAACAAUACGCUAAAAGCUUACGGCAAUCCCACUGGAGGUACAGAUGGAGCCGAUGUUUUACUAUCAGAAAAUGAAUAUAUUGUAAAAAUAUCAGGUCAACAACGAGAGGCAUUAAUUCAAAUCAAAUUUGAAACAAAUACUGGAAAGGUAUUUGGCCCAUUUGGAAGUUACAACAAUACAACAGGAGCUGUGCCUUUCAUGUCCUCUGGACCUUGCCUUAAAGACAUGUUUGUCUCGGAAGGCAGAGUAGGUCCAACCAUUUUUGUCAAGUUUUUGGUUGUGACAGGUGUGGCUCCUGAAUGGAGUGGCUCACCAUCCUUUCAAAAGGGUAUUUCAGAAUGUUGGUCAGAGAUUGCUCAUAUUCAUGAAACUAUUGAAACUCUUGCCAAAAAGUCGUGUAUUAAUAAUCACAGCCUCAAUAACUCCAUCAUAGACGAGAGUAGCAAUGCUCAGACCGACUCGAGCAUACAAUCUCCAACUGAGGACGUCACAGAUCAUACAUCUCUAACCAGUUCAUUCAUGACCACCAACUCUCACACAGUUGCAGUUGCAGACUCAAACAAAACUUGUUCGAUAGGAGAAGUAUAUCAAGAUGACAUUAUGGACCUGAGAAGAUCACUUACAAAAUGUUAUGAACUACUUCAGAAAGUACAUGCCAAUGCAGAGAUUCAAUCUUCAACCUUCAACGAAAAGCUUUACAAAUCGUUCCAUAAUUUAUUUUCCAAUAGUUCUACUUUGGCACCACCAUCUAACGAUUCCAAUCAUCAUUGA